CAAAACCCCUUCGACCUGGAGUUCGACCAGUCCAACCACCUGGAGCCCGUCUUCAACUUCGAGUGCCCGCCCCGUCCCGACAUGCCUUCAAGUCAACCCAUCGAUAUCCCUGACGCCAAGAAAAGGAACAAGAAGAAGAAGCGCUGCAGAGCCACCGACAGCUUCUCCGGCAGGUUCGAAGAUGUUUACCAGCUGCAGGAGGAGGUGCUGGGAGAAGGGGCCCACGCCAGAGUCCAGUCCUGCGUUAACCUCAUCACCAACAAGGAGUACGCGGUGAAGGUAAAGCUCCGCCGCUCGGGGCUGCAGCCCCCGCUCCCUCCCACCCCCUGCCUCAGUUUCCCUCUGUAUCUCGGGCUCUCCCGACUCCGCCCCCCCUUCGUGGGCCACUGCGGCUCCGACUGCGGCUGGGACCGGGGCGAGGCGUGCCAUACCUGCCAGAACAUGCUUUUCGAGAGCAUCCAGGAGGGGAAGUACGAGUUUCCCGACAAGGACUGGGCGCACAUCUCCUUCGGAGCCAAAGACCUCAUUUCUAAGCUGCUGGUGAGAGAUGCCAAGAAGCGGCUCAGCGCAGCCCAGGUCCUGGAGCACCCCUGGGUGCAGGGGUGCGCCCCGGAUAACACCCUGCCGACCCCCAUCAUCCUGCAGAGGAACAGCAGUGCCAAAGAGCUCACCUCCUUCGCCGCUGAGGCCAUCGCUGUCAACCGCCAGCUGACGCGGCGCGACGAGGACGAGGAGGAGGAGGCGGAGGAGGAAGCAAGACCCAUCAUCAUCAAAGCUACCUCACGGGCCAUGCAGCUCUCCCCUCCCUCCGAGUCCAAGCUGGCCAAGCGGCGGCAGAAGAGCAGCCUGGCCAAGGCAGUGGCUGCCGGGCAGCACCUGGUGGCCCCGCUGGUCCUGGUGGCCGAUCAAGCCUGA